UCUUAUUAUUCACAGGGCCUAUGGCUUGCCAUGGAAAAAGCCUAUAAACAUCUUGUUACAACGCUUGCACUGUACGGCACAAGGAUACCUGAUGCAAUAACAGAGCAAGUCAGUAGCCACGUCGAUGGCUCUGGCUACAACCAUGAAAGUGCUGGGGAGCCUGAGGGGGUGAAUGAAGAUGAAAGUGACAAAGACUAUCAGCCGCAUGUAAGAAACAUUCUACAAGACAUAUUCAGGGAUACUAAAAGACAGAGAAGGCCUAGGAAAUCCCAGAGACAAAGUCGAAAAGUUAUUGGGGAGUGGGCAGGAAUCAGUUUUGAUGAAGAUGAUGACUUGGAAGAGUCGGAAUCAAAACCUGCGGUAGAGCCUGCAACUGAUGACUCCAUUGAGAAAGGGAAUGAGGAUGAUGAUGAUGAUGAUGACGACGAAGAAGAUGGUGAUACCACCAUAGAAGGGGAGAAUGAAAUUAAUGGGGAUGGAAAUGAUCCAGAAUCUAGAGAGGAAGAGGAGGUUAAGCCUCAAAAGCGGGGUCGACCUCGUAAAAAUUCAUCACCUUUCCACUUAACAAACAAGCAGCAGACGAUUAAAAAGAGGGGACCUUAUAAAAAACGUCUGGUUGUUGUUCCAAUUUCAUCAGUGAAACCUGGUGAAGUGCCAGUGGUUCGAAGGAGAGGCCGUCCAAAAAUGUACAAUGAUGAAGGCAAGUCAGACUUUCCAUGCUCUGACUGUAGUUUCGUUGCAAAAAAACGAGCCAAACUUCGGAGCCAUAGGCUGCGCAUGCAUCUGGCAUCACCCACAAAAUGUGAUCUUUGCAACAAAGUGUUCCCCAAUAAACGUUACAUGCUUCGUCAUCGGGCAUCGCACGUUGCACCACAGCACUGCUGCGAUGUAUGUGGUAAGAUGUACAAAAUCAGGAAAGCCAUGUUGGAACAUAGAAAAACCCAUGACACCAAUUUCAAAAAGACCAAGGUCAAAUGUGAAAUGUGCCCGAAAUCUUUCUGCAACCGUUACAUUCUAGAAUGCCAUAUCCGGGAUAUUCACAUGGGUCAGAAGAAAAGCUAUUUGUGUUCAACCUGCGGGAAGAGCUUCACAACUAAGCACUCACUUGCAGAGCACACCAACGCACACACAGGUGUUAAACCCCAUGUGUGUGAGCACUGUGGUAAGUCCUUCUCAUAUGAAUCCGCACUGAGAGACCACAGAUACACACACGUAGAUGCAAAACAUUUCUGGUGUCACCACUGUCAGAAGGGCUUCAGCCAACGCUCUGGGCUGAAGAUGCACAUGCGGAUUCACAGGCAGCACAAAAUGUUUAUCUGCACAGAAUGUGGGCGGGGCUUCACACAAAAGCAAGCCCUCCAGCGGCAUGAGAGGGUUCACAAGGGGGAGAAGCCGUUUGUUUGUAAACACUGUGGUCGCUUUUUCACCGAUGCCUCCAUUAUUAGAAGGCAUCUUAUUCUUGUCCACAAGAUUCACAAAGAUGCCAACCACUGGCGGGAAGACAUUGUGUGUACAGUGAAAGCUCAGAAUGAAUACCAGGUGCAGAAAGUUGGUGAGGAGAACAGUAUUUCAGAUGUUGAAAAGGAGAAAGAUGAACUUCUGAAAGCUGUUGGUACACAACCUCGUUCCAAUCUGAAAGGUCCCAGUCGGGCAUUCUCUAGGACUUACCCAAGGAGGGUAGCCCUUCUUGAUGAGGAGGGCAAUGUUAUUGCCCCCCCAGAGUUGCCCCCACGUGCUUCCAUACAGCGUUCAAAAAGUAGUGAAUCUGGAUCAUCGACAGGUCCAUCAAAAUCACUGGGAACAAAUGCAAAUAACACAACAUUAAUUUUAGCUACAGAAAACAGCUCAGAUUUGGACUCUAGCUCUCAGGUAUUGGCUCAGAGAUAUGUGGAGGGCACUCAGUGGGAUGCACUGACAGGGCAGCUGGGCAGAGGCACCUCCACUCACAUAGAACACAUGAUAUUAGAUGAUACAGCUCAGCAUGAAAUCCAGCGUGGUAUUGAACAUGUUCAGGGAUUACACAAGAUUAUAAAAUAUGAAAACUUACAACCUGGCAUCGUGCAAUCA